UAGAAUCCUACCUCCUAGACUACUUAGACUAGAUAGAUAUUAGAUAGGGAUAGACUUGCUAGAUCUAGAACAAGAAACACUAGCUGAGCAAGGUAUUGUGCAUUGUUGAGCAUCAAAAUGAACAACAUACUAACAAUAACGAAAAAUGCCACAAGUAUAGGUAAUAAUCUCCUGCAUCGACUGCUUACACAGAUGUCGUCGUCAUCAAUAGCAUUUAACUGUUUACGCAGCAGCUGUAACAAAACCACAUGGACUCAUCGCCAACCCACAAUUUGCAAAAAUUUUACUAGUUAUUUAUACCCAAGUUGUAGCAGAGGAUUGUCACUGGCCUCAAGAUCUUAUACUUCGCAACAUAUCUUGAUAAACAGCGGCAGAAAAUUUAGUCCUAUUAGUUUCAAUAACAAUCAUGUUGUAUUGAAUGCAGACCAAGUAAGACACAAGUCAGGCAGUGGAAAAAAGACAUCUGAUGAUGCUGAUUCAGAUGAUGAUGAUGAUGAUGAUGCUUUAACUGCUGAUGACUUUGAAGCCCCAACAAACUUUAAAGUCACAAAGAUUGUAGUAAAUACGUUGAGGGCAGAUGGUAUUGUGAGCCAUGCAUUAAAUAUUGCAAGAAAUCGGCUGGAAGAAAUUUUUCUUAGUUCAGGACUGCUGCUCAAUGGCACAAAGUUGACCAAAAAAGGUGAAAAGAUGGAUGAAGGUGACUAUGUGGAUGUAAUAGUAGAAAAAGCAGAGGAUGAGCUAAAGGUCAAGAGGGUCAAAGUCCUGAAGGUGUACCCAGAGAAAACAGGAAGUGAUAAGUUUAGCCUCAAAGUUAGAAUAUGGAAAGCUCCUUUUGGAAUUCCCAAACCUAAGCAUGAUCAGCAAAAUGAAUAGACAUAUAUUGUGAGAUCUAGGUUUAAAAGAAUAGAAAGUCUAUAAGGUUUACCUGUUUGCAAUGACAAUUUUCUAGGAUUACUUGUAAAACUCAAUUGUUAUGCCUUCAAAAGUUCAUGUAAAUGUGUGUUAAGAUGAAAAAUGUUUCAUAAUAGAUUUAUUAUUUGUCUCCUAUAUUUCAUAUAUUUUAUUUUUGUUACUGUAUUUUUCUUGAUUAUAAUAAAGAAUAAUUUUUUUUUAAAUAAUUUUCUUCAACACUUAAUUAUACAGUGAUACUGGUCAUUCAUUAAUUAUACAGUGAUACUAGUCAUUAAUUAUGCAGUGAUACUAGUCAAUCCUGAA